AGCGCGGAGAAAGCAAGCACCGAAGCCGCAAGCCGCACCGCCUCGAGCCGGGCGCCGCGACGGCAAGGCGAUCGACACAGUCGCCGCGAACGCGCCAACUCGCGAGCUCGCGCACGCGUGCUUGUGAGUGUGUCUUCAAGAGAGUGUGUGCGUGUGUGUGUGUUUUUGCGUGUCUGGCGAUACGUAGAGGGCGGGCAGCCAGACGGUCGGGCACACACUGUCCCCGCCGGUCCCCCUAGUGGUCGGGAAGGCACCGAACUCGGCGUGGCGCCGCGACGCGACGCGCGGCACCGCAACAGUGUAACGGUGCAGGCCGCUGCACCCGCCGUCACCGCCCGCGGUGAGCGGCCACCCCGAAUGGUGCUGGAGCAGCACGUCUAGAGCACGGACAGCAAGGGCAGCACGGUGCAGCACGACGACCCCGCCUGAGGCCCAGAGAUGGAGGCGGCCGCGCGCCCCGCCCGCCACGCCGCCCCCGCCCUCAUCGCCGCCACCAUCCUCCUCGGCACUGUGAAUACCGUGUGGGGAUUGCAGUGCUACGAAUGUUCAGAGCAGCCAGUACAAGUCAAUCCAGACAAACCAGUACAGCUCUGUGCAGACUUUGAUGGGUCCUGGCGCUAUGUCGUUGACUGCCCACAUUCCACAUUCUGUAGGAAGACCUCAGUUGAAUUGCCGUUGCCAAAUGGCAAGUCUAUCAAGAGUGUGAAAAGGGACUGUGCUCCCCAACUCCACACCUUCCAAGCGUUAGAAGACAAUAAUUGGAAGAAUAAAAAUGAGACUGUAACAUCUAUAUACAACAAAGGAUGCUCCAAGGACAAUGCCGGAAUCCAAGCAACAAAUGUGGAAUAUUGCUACUGCCAAUCCUAUUUAUGCAACUCUUCUAAAAGUUCGCAUGAUUCAUCCUAUUCCCAUCAUUCGGACGCCAUGGCGGUUAUUUUUGUUUUUAAUGCUAUGAAGUAUCUCCGUAGCCUUAGAUAGUUGCAUGCAGACUGAAACCUGGAGACAUACUUCCUUGGGUAUUGUGCUGAUACAUCCAAGAAAACACCUACGUCAAAUGCUGUGAUUUUAGAUAUAACCCAGUGAGAAUUUAAAAAGAGGCAUAAGUGUUUUAGCUUUGACCCCCUCCCCUCCCAUUUAAUUUACUUGUUUUUAGCAGAAGACAUUGUUUAGAGACCAACCAUUCCAUUUAAGAUAUUUAAAAUGUGGCCUUACAAUUUUCAAAGAACUUUUAGCUCUUUUCAAUCAAAUACAUAUGUAUCAAGGACAAUUUUCUACAACUCUUUAGAGAUAUCUAUUUAUUUAUUUCCAAUGUUUUUUAUUUAUUCUAAUUCAUAAGAUUUAGUAAAAAGUUUUAAAUUUCAAGGAAUUAUUACUAAAUUAAUUGUCUUUGUAAGAUGGCUUACUUUUACUAGGCAAAGCAUUGCUUAAUUUUUCUUCAAACAAAGAGCGGCCAGGCUGGAGUGAUCGUAUUUGUUAAUAGAAAGUCUUUAGAGUGUACUAGUCAUCACCAGAAUGAAGAGAUGAUGCAUUUCAUACAUGUAAAGUGUAUUUUCACACAAACAAUAAAUAUGUGUGUGGCAGUUGUGAAUGAA